AUGGCAGAGACGAUGCCCAAAUGUGAGGCAAAUGGCCAUCACAAAAUCAUUAUCAACAAGGAAGCCCCCGAUGUUCCUUUCUACACUCCAAUUCAAGAUCCACCAGCAGGAACACCGUACGACGUUCAGCCUGAAGGAAGCCUAUUCUCCCCUCUGAAAUUGAGGAACCUGACUCUUCACAAUCGGAUUUUUGUCUCCCCAAUGUGUCAAUAUUCGGCAAAAGAUGGUGUCAUGACCCCGUGGCACAGACAACACCUGGGCAGCUUCGCAGCACGAGGUCCGGGCCUUAUCGUUACAGAAGUCAACGCAGUCUCACCAGAGGGACGAAUCAGUCCAGAGGAUGCAGGCAUCUACGAUGACGGACAGCUUGGUCCUCUCCAGGAUAUUGUGGACUUUGUUCAUAGCCAGGGCGCCAAGAUUGCCAUUCAGAUGGGCCAUGCUGGGAGAAAAGCGAGCACAGUCGUACCGUGGCUGGACCGCAAGAACACUGCUUUCAAAGAGGCCAACGGUUGGCCGGAUGAGGUAGUUGCACCAAGUGCAAUCCCUUACAGUCCAGAAUCUGUCGUCCCCAAAGAGAUGACCAAGGAUGAUAUCUCCAAGUUCAAACAAGACUGGGUCGAUGCUGUGAAGCGUGCCCUCAAAGUCGGCUUUGAUGCGAUCGAAGUCCAUGCUGCUCAUGGGUACCUGAUCAACUCAUUCCUCUCCCCAACCUCUAAUCAGCGGACCGACGACUAUGGGGGCUCCUUCGAAAACCGCAUCCGUCUCCUCGUCGAGAUUGUUCAACUGACCCGUGAGAUCGUCCCUCAGGAGUAUCCUGUUUUCGCCCGCAUUCCUGGCACUGACUAUCUUGACUUCGACCCUUCACUGCCUCAGUGGCAUAUUCAAGAAGCAGCACUUCUUGCAAAGAUUCUUGCAGAUAACGGUGUAGACCUACUUGACGUCACUGGCGGUGGCUUGGAUAGUCGUCAGAAGAUCAAUUCUGGUCCUGGAUAUCAAGUUCCGUGGGCUGAUGCCGUCAGGAAAGCUGUCGAGGGCACCGGGACCGUUGUAACUUCUGUGGGAAUGAUUACUUCCGGGAAGCAGGCUCAAGGCUACCUUGAUGAUGGCUCUGUAGAUGCGGUCUUUGUUGGGCGCGGUUUUCUCAAGGAUCCCAACCUGGUAUGGCACUGGGCUGAUGAGCUGGAUAUUGACAUUCACGUUGCCGCUCAAUACGGAUGGGGUUUCGGGAUCACUCGCACUCAUAGGCCGAGUAAGCACUGA